UGUUGUCCUCCAGAAUUUGAUGCAGUAUCCAUUAUUGCUUUCAACUUACAAAAUGAAGUUUCUUCUUUUUUCAGCCUUUGUGGCAACCAUCAGCUAUGCCAAUGCGGACAAGGCUGCAAAGUUGUUGGCAGCUAUGAAUGCAGGAAUGCUUAACGGGAUGAUGGCUGGAGGUCUGAACCCACCUUUAUUAGCUGGUGGUGGAGUGGGUUUCAUUGGGCAGCCCCAGUUCGCUCAGUUCGUUCCUGGAGUUCCUGCCUUUCCUCUUCGAGGCCCCGUUCCUAACAUGUAUCCUGCGGCUGUCAAUACAUACCAGUUUCCCGUUGUUGGCAUUCCCCAAAUGGGCCAAAUGAAUCUGCCUCAGCAAGCUCAGAUGGGGAUGGCAGGUGGUGUCAUGCAGCCUCCCAUCCAGCAAGUCCCUGUUCAGCUUGACCCACUCAGGAGAUUCAGGCGUCAGGUUAUGAAAUCUGACAACACCGUGAAGUCUGCUGUAGAUACUCAGAUUCCAACUCCCACUGAAUCGGUCACAACACCCACCUGCAAAAAGGACAAGCCUCUGAAUAAUUAACGUCAUACUGUUAAAACUACAUGAUUAAAGUGAUUUUUUUGAUUUUGUCAAUCUGUAUGACAUGAUAUCACGUUAUAAUGGUUUACUUGAUAUCUUAAGACUAACAGAUCUAAAAGUUUAUGCUUAAAAGGUAUGUAAUUUUAUAAAUC